CCCCCUUUUAUCAUUGAAAAAAAAUAAAAUUUACACAAACUUUUUCAGUUUAUUUUUUUUGAAAAAAGAGAAAAUAAUAGGAUAUCUGCGGUCAAGGAUUUAAUGAGUUAUUCUCGUGCUCAUACAGGCAGUCUGCUUAGAAAGCUGAGAGAAUGUCUAGCAAUGGCUCCUGCAAGUACUCGUGCGAAACUGCGAGCGAGACCCUGGAAUGGAUCAACGCCAUCGUCGACUUCAUAAGACCUUACUCUUUCUUAACGGACGCUCACGUCGUCAAUUUCUUCAAGGAUCGAAUGUGGGAAGCUAUUGAUAAGGAAUGGAUGGAUUGCUUGCGGAAAGAAGCAGUGGAAAAUCUUCUCCAAAUUCCUGGUGGAGUGGUCCAGGAUCAUUGGCCUGCUUCUCUUAAGAAAUUCAUUGUUACUUUGAGCUCUCUCGUGCUUCCUCGACAACAACAAGACUUGCAGACGGUAUUACCUGGCAUGAACAUGACUUCACUCAAUAGUGUUCUCUCUACGGGCAUGAAUUGGAAGAAAAAACAUGAAGUAGAAGUCCUUUCUGCUGUUGUUGAUUCAAUCGCCACCAGUGUCGGAGCCAAUGCAAUUAUUGAUGUUGGCUCGGGUCAGGGGUAUCUUGCACAAGUACUUUCCUUUCACUACCAACAUGCGGUAGUUGCAAUUGAUGCAUGUUCUCAUCAUGGAAGGGUUACUGAUGCACGUGCAGAACAAAUCAAGAAAUAUUAUGCUGCUCAGAUGCGUAAAUCUGUAUCAGGAAACAGGAGUUUGACUGUGCCUAAGACAGUCACAUGCAAUGUGAUGUCUAUUGACAUGUUGAAAGCUUUGGCUGACACACCACUGCAUAAAGAUAAUGUCUCUUUACUGCAAUCUUCCUGCAAUGCAGACAACGGAAGUUCAUUGGUUCUUGCUGGGCUUCAUGCUUGCGGAGAUCUUUCAGUAACAAUGCUCAAGACCUUUAUGGAGUGCAAAGAAGUUAAAGCAGUUGUUAGCAUCGGCUGCUGUUACAACCUAUUAUCUGAAGAGGGUUUCAACCAUGUUGGUUCUCAAUGUGGUUUUCCAAUGAGUUGUGGUGUUAUAUCUGCUGGCAUUUCACUUGGAAAAAGUUCGCGGGACCUAGCAUGUCAGAGUGCGGAGAGGUGGAAAUGCCUCGAAAAUGAUGCUGGUCUCCAUAAUUUUGAGUUGCAUGCUUUCCGCGCUGCAUUUCAGAUGGUUCUCAGUGUAUACUAUCCCGAAGUCAUGAGUACAAGUCCAUCAAUUGGGCGUCAAGGGAAGGCAUUACGUCGCCGACAACAGAGGGUUGUCCCAAACUCCUUGCUGCACCAUAAAGAAAACAAAUGUUCCUUGUCAGAAAUAAACUCUCAUAUGACAGGAAGUUGCUCUCACAAAAAAUCAACAGAGCUGGAAACAGAUGACAGUUUUGACAUGAUGUUAGAGACAACAUCCAUAACUAAUGAAAACUCCUCCAAUAAGGCCACCAAAUGUGAGAGGAGCGAAUUCGUCGGCAACUAUCCACUUUUUCAGAAAUAUUGCUUAUCGGGGUUAUGUCGCCUUGGUCUUGAGCCUCUGAAGGAAACUGAUAUCCAUGGAAUAUGGAAGCAAGUUGAAUCUUUUGCUGAACUUAUUGGACCUUAUUGGUCUCUUCGAGCUGCUUUUGGGCCUCUUUUGGAAACUUUUCUUUUGCUUGAUAGAUUGUUGUUCCUCCAAGAGCAAGGCAGUUCAAUUGAAGCAGUCAUGUUACCUAUUUUCAAUCCUGCAUUGUCCCCAAGGAAUGUGGCCAUUAUUGCUAAGAAGUUGACACAAAUGUGACUGUGGCAUGGCAUAUGAAACUUGUGGUACCAAUUCGUUGAUUGCGAAUUUCAAGGGAUUUGAGAGGACUUUGCAACUGUGUAUAUUCUGUAGCUACAUAUCCGCAUGCUCCGGCGCCCACUCAAUACAGUCUUGUCAACAAUUCACUGGUUGGCCUGCUGGAAUGAGAAAGACAGAUUAUUUGGCUGCAUUCAUUUUGUCACCUACUACCUAUUUUGACCCAUUUCCUGAAUGAUCACUACCCUUAAAAGAUCCAGGGUACUAAGAAACUAAAGAAUAUCCCUGUUGAUGCCUAUGAGAUAAUUUUGUCUUUGUUUUUUUUUAAUGAGGUUAACAAUGUAAUUAUCUGUUGAAGAAAGCUCUGUCGGCCUCAUUGCCAAGGACAAACAAAAAUUUGAAUCAAGGUGUGUGGAAAGUGGAGAGCCUCUCAUUGCAUUAGAGCACAAAGUUUCACAAUUCAAUGGCUUAGUUCUAAUGGAAUAAGCAAGCCUGGGUUGUCCAUUCUGAGGUAUUGUCGUUUUAGCAACACAUGGAUGUCAUUGAGAUGGGAUACGUGUCAAUGCUUUGACUGGUCUUUGUCCUUUUAAGAAUAGGACACCAACUUCGUGUUCUUCAGACUGGAUGGUCACAACCCACAACACAGUAAUGGGGUUUUUUCAGAUAGUGCUUCCUUUUUGUUGCAAGUAAAACGACAAGAAAAGUAGCCAUCCAAUGGAAGUCGGUCCAAGUAUCAGUCAUGUUGAACACAACUCUUUGGAAUGAAGAUGAUGUCUUAUGUUUCAUUCUGGCCCAUGAAGGUGUUCAUCGUCACAAAAGUUGUUGUGGACUUGGACAUGACUUGUGAAUGAAUAAUUGCCAGGCGGGUGUCUUGCGUUUGGCGUUUGUGUGGUACUGUACUGGUACAGGAGAAACUUACAUGUCACGAAGUGUGCACUCAUGUCACGUGCUAAGAGAGACAUACACAAAUAAGUAUACACCCGAUAAUCCAAACUGGUACGGUUGUAAUGAAAUAAAACUAUUUGCUUA